CUCGCCGCCACCUUCCCCCUCCGUUCCCGUCCCCCGGCGAGAGCCUCCCCGCGUUCUGCUGACUGACACCAUCCCCCGGCCAUCCCUCGGGGUCGAUUCCCUUCUGACAUCUUUCGGAGGCUCCACCGAGGAGAGGGAAACGAGUUCUCCGACCCUGCUUGAACUCGGUUCGCAGGCGUCGCGGCCGGGUCCGAGAGCCCUCACCCCCGCUUGCCACCCUCGCCACGGAUCCAUUAGCAAUCACGAGAGCCCGGCCCCGACCCCUUGUCAGACAUCUUUCUCUAAUGGUUAAGGAGGAGAUACUUUUAUUUACAAAAGCGUGGACUUAAUUUGAUGAACCUGGCACCUUAGCUUUCAGAAAGGGACGUGUCUUGGUGUACUGACCAGAGUAAAAGAACUUUGUGCAGUCGCCUGCCAGUGCGAGAAAAUCACCUGCCUGGUGUUUCGUCGCAUUUUAAGACUUAAGCUUGCAGGCCACAUGACGGUUAAACCACUGUUAAAGAGUCAAGCUCAUUCUUCCGAACUUCCCUCCGAGACAAAGCUCCUUUCUGCCAGGCUGGACCCUCUUUCUGGAGGGAUUUCAUUUUGGAAGACAUGGAUCUCGCUGCUAAUGAGAUCAGCAUCUAUGACAAGCUUUCAGAGACUGUUGAUCUGGUGAGACAGACAGGCCAUCAGUGUGGAAUGUCAGAAAAGGCGAUCGAAAAAUUUAUCAGACGGCUACUGGAGAAGAAUGAACCUCAAAGGGGACCACCCCAGUACCCUCUCCUCUUAGCCAUAUAUAAGGUCCUCCUAACUCUGGGAUUAAUCUUGUUUGCUGCCUACUUUAUAAUUCAACCUUUCAGCUCAUUAGCACCCGAGCCAGUGCUUUCGGGAGCUCACACCUGGCGUUCACUCAUCCAUCACAUUCGGCUGAUGUCCUUGCCCAUCACCAAGAAGUAUAUGUCAGAGACUAAGGGUGUUCCUCUGCAAGGCGGAGAAGAAGACAAACCCUUCCCAGACUUUAACCCCUGGUCAUCAAGUGACUGUGAGCAGAAUGAGUCAGAACCCAUCCCUGCCAACUGCACUGGCUGUGCCCAGAUAUUCCCCCUCAAAGUAACGCUCCCAGAGGACACUCCGAAGACUUUUGAGAGACUCCGUCCUCUGGUGAUCAAGACAGGGCAGCCUCUGUUGUCUUCAGAGAUUCAGCAUUUCUCAUGCCAGUACCCUGAAGCCACAGAGGGCUUCACUGAGGGGUUUCUCACCAAGUGGUGGCGCUGCUUUCCUGAGAGGUGGUUCCCAUUUCCUUACCCGUGGAGGAGACCUCUAAACAGAUCACAAAUUUUACGGGAGCUUUUUCCUGUUUUUACCCAACUUCCAUUUCCAAAAGACGCCUCAUUAAACAAGUGCUUCCUGAUCCACCCGGAGCCUGUGGUGGGUAGCAAGAUGCAUAAGGUGCACGACCUGUUUACUGUUGGCAGCGGGGAAGCCAUGCUGCAGCUCAUCCCUCCCUUCCAGUGCCGAAGACACUGUCAGUCUGUGGCCGUGCCGAUAGGGCCUGGAGAUGUUGGCUAUGCCGGUGCUGCCCACUGGAAGGUCUACGUUGUAGCCAGAGGGGUCCAGCCUUUGGUCAUCUGCGAUGGAACCACUCUCUCAGAGCAAUAGGAAACAACUGUCUAUAGGAACUGCUUAAAGAGCUGAAAACCAGGCUGAAAAGAACAGGGAGGAGGAAUAAAAACACUAAAACCUUU